UUGUAUCAAUAAAUAUCUCUAAUAUUAUUUAAUCCUAAUUAUUAAUAUAAGCAAUGUUCAAUUUCAAACUGAAAAGUGUGCAUACGAUAAUUGACCUAUUGGCUUACCCUAUAAAACUUGCAAAAAACAGUCUAUAAGAAUGUAAGUAUACAUGAUUUUCCACAUAAGCCGUACAUAAUUGGACGCAAAAAGUUAUAAUUUCAAUUUGUGUGGGCUGGGAAAGGUAUAUGUAGACCGUUUUUAUAAAUUAUGACUCACCGACUUAUAAGUCAAAAUAUUCUCAUCACAUACUAUGUAUAAUAAUGGCGGGUAUGUGAUGUAAAAGCAAUGCGUGCACACAGCUAUUGCAGUCUUUCCUCAUUUUGAGCUAUACGUUUUUAUAUCACAUACCAUAGGCGGUGCGCUUUGCUUUCAUCCACUUUUAUAGCCUGAACAGGGUAUAUUAAGUUUGCCACCCAGAAGGAAAUGUCGGAGACCAUAUGAAAUACAUGUACAUUAGGGUGGUUUUUUUUAGCUAUUAAUUUUUUUCAAUCCCGUCACGAAAUUUCCUUGAAAAUACCCUAAAAAAAUUCCCUGAAAAUUUUAGCCCUUAAUAUUAACAUUAAGAACUGGACCAAGGCAUGUAAAAAUUUUCCAUUGAAAAUACAAUUCCUACAGGUCAGAGGUAUUUUAUGGCAUACAAAAAAUGCGAAAUUCGUGGAAAAAUCGGGUUUAGAGCCCCGUGCUACCUCGCCGGUGUGAAAAAUGUGUCUAAAGGCAAAGCGAUGCCAUAAAAUACCUCUAACCUGUAGGAAUUUAAAGAUUAAAAAUCACGAUUGUAGUGUAUUUUCAAUGGGAAAUUUUUACAUGCCUUGGUCCAGUUCUUAAUGUUAGUAAAAUUUUCUAAAAUUUUCAGGGAAUUUUUUUUAGGGUAUUUCCAAGGAAAUUUUGUGACGAGAUUAAAAAAAUUAAUAGUUAAAAAAAAACACCCUAAUGUACAUACAUAUAUAGAAAUGAUCAGAGUGACGAGCUAUCUGUAUAUACAUAUAAUACAUACUUUGAUCACCAACGGUUGUAUGUAUGUAUGUAUGAGACGGUAUUAGACAGCUGGUGAAAUCAUAUCACCGGACCUGAUCGACCAAAUUCAACCAAAUUCAAUUCCAUUUGAUUAUUUCCAGUAUACAAAUCAAGAUGCAAUUAAUAUAACAAGAUAAAACUUUGCACGUAUAGAAUGAAAGUAUUUGAAGUAAGUCGCUUUAUGACCAAAAAUUGUCCAAAUUGAACCAAAACUAUUCAAGCACCUGAGUACCGAAUAUAUAUAUAGUUGACUUAUGACAGAAAAUAUCCGUCAAUGUGUGAGAUAUAUAAUUGAAAUUCAGAGAAACUCAUUCUAGACAAUGGUAUUUCUGUGCGUCAUGAAUUGAAUCAUAUAAAUACUUCCCUUAGCUCCCAUAUACCCAAUGUGAGCUAUCUCAAUGAAAAUGAGAAAGCGUAUUUUAAUGAUAACAUCUGGGAGAUUUUACUCCAUAUGAUAGUUGAUAAUAUGCGAGAUAUCUUAAUGAAACCCAGGGAACAAUUUUUUAGUAUACAGCAUAUUAAUAGUAUGUGGUACAACGAUUUCCGAACUUCCAGGUGUCUUUAUACCGCAAAUAUCAGCCAACCUGUGAGCUAUCGCAAUGAAAAUGAGAGAGCGUGUUUUAAUGAUAACAGUCUAUAUUUGUACCAUAUAACAAACCUAUAACAUCUGGAAGAUUUUACUCUAUCAUAUGUUGAUAAUAUGUGAAAUACCUUAAUGAAACCCAGGGAACAAUUUUUUAGUAUGUGGCAUGUUAAUAGUAUGUGGUAUCGGUAAAAAUAGAUAACGUCGGCUCGAUAUUCCGUUUUUCUAACGCUUAUGCCGAAUGUGUCGGUCAGUGUAUGAGUUAUAUAUAGUAUAUUUAUGUAUGUAUGUAUAUAUAAAAUUGCUUAGAUUCCGAUCCUCUGGUUGACAUUUUACACCUUAUUUCCCCAGCUUUGAUUCCCGCAAUUUGGAAGAAUAAGGAAUAUUCGGUUGCACUAUUAGCUUUAGUAUUAACAAGUAACAUACAUAUGUAUGGUAUGUAUUAAAAUUAAACCUUUAAAGCUGAUGGCCUUAGUCGCUAAUGCUGUAAUAUUUUAGAAUGUUGAGGUAUAAUUGUAUUAUCCUUUUCAAUAAAAUAAUAAUAAUAAUUAUAACAAAAUUAAACAUAUCAGGGGCGGGGCUCUAUACCAAAUUUUGGUUUUUUUUUAACUUUUUUACUUAGUUUAUACUUUUUCAAAGAACUCCAUACUAUAAAUCAUUCGAUAUCGAUUGGGAAGAUCGAGCAGCUUCAGUUCUUGUACAAGCUGUAUUUUGUUGUGUUGUCUUUUAAUUUAAGAUCUCGACGUAAAAUGCGCCAAGUCGUUCCAUACAUCAGUCCGAGUUGCUGCGAGCGGCGCCGAAUCGACUUUCCACGGCCUUUGUGUACUCUCUCAGCUACGGCUGCUGUAUAUUUUCUUCACUGCGUGCUGGACGUGAUCUAUUCGGUAUUGCGAAUAGUACGUUCAGUAGGCUCGAUUAUCUUGCCCAUAAGUGAACGUGAAUUUUCGUAGUAAAGUUGAACGAUUUGUAACGUUGUUCAAGCGUAAGUCUUUCCACAAUGAAAUGCCAAGCAAAAAAGUACCUCUACUUGGAUUAUCCAUUAAAAAAGGCAGCUCCUUUUCGUGCUGUCGAAAGCAGCUUUGAAAUCGACGAAGAAAUGGUGUGUGUCGAUUCUCCUUUCACGGGUCUUUUCCAAGAUUUGGCGCAUGGUGAAUAUCUGAUCGGUUGUUGAUUUGCCAGAUCUAAAGCCACACUGAUAAGGUCCAAUCAGUUUGUUGACGGUGGGCUUUAAUCUUUCACACAAUACGCUCGAUAGAACCUUAUAUGCCAUAUUGAGGAGGCUUAUCCCACGGUAGUUGGCGUAAUAUUACUAUGAAUAUACUUGUAUGUAUGUAGCUACAUGUACUAUAUAAAGAUGGCUAUGCAAUUAUAAUUAUUUUCCGCGAGAAAAAACUCGAGAAUUAUAACUUUAAUCACACAUUUUAUAAUUUUAAAGUACAUUUUUUACUUUGCUAUGAGUAACUGUGUAUUUUUAACGUAGCAAUGUUUGACAAAACGGUUAUACACAUACAUAUGUAUGUAUACGUAUUGUACGAAUGUGCAUAUUGAGAAUUCAUCUAUUUAUUAAAAAAAAGGUACUUGAAUAUGGAUCGUAUUUUGCCGUACUUUCAGCACUUAUCGCAUACUUUCAAGUUUUUAGAUUUACGAAUAACACAAGCAAGAAACUUUCGUUACCCCUUAAGGCUUGCUUCCACCAACGGUGUCGUAAAAAGGAAAUUGUGUACAACCAAGCCACCAGGCAAAGAAACGGCAUGCGAUGAUGCAGAAGAAGUAAAUAAUCGAGCUAUUCAGGAUGAAUCGGAAAAUCUCAAUAAAAAAACCAGUGAUACACAUAAUAAAAAUAAAAUGCAUUCCAAGGAAGCGGCUAUUGGAAAAAUUUUUGCUAUAAUAGGUCCCGUAGUAGAUGUGAUUUUUGAAGAAAAUAUACCAGAUGUUAUGAAUGCAAUGGUUGUACCAGAAUAUCCAAAUGGGAAAUUAGUUCUAGAAGUUUUUCAUCAUCUUGGUAAUGGUAUUGUACGUUCCGUAGCAAUGGAUAGCACAGAGGGUCUACGUAGGGGACAAAAAGUUAUAGAUACCGGAUAUCCAAUCAGAGUGCCAGUAGGAAAGUCCUGUUUAGGUCGGAUUUUGAAUGUUGUUGGAGAUCCCAUUGAUGAACGUGGUCCCAUCAAAUCGGAUUAUCAUUCCUUCAUACAUGCAGAACCGCCGGAAAUGAUUGAAUUGAAUGUGAACCCCACAUUACUUGAAACUGGAAUAAAGGUAAUUGAUCUCUUGGCACCAUAUGUAAAAGGAGGGAAAAUUGGCCUCUUUGGGGGCGCCGGCGUUGGUAAAACGGUUCUUAUAAUGGAACUAAUCAACAAUGUUGCUAAAAAACAUGGAGGUUAUUCCGUCUUUGUCGGAGCUGGUGAACGAACUCGAGAAGGAAAUGAUCUAUACAUGGAAAUGAUUGAAUCUAAAGUCAUUUCAAUAGAAGAUGAUAGUUCCAAAGUAGCUUUGGUAUAUGGUCAAAUGAAUGAGCCGCCUGGCGCACGAUCACGCGUUGUAUUAACUGGUCUAACAAUAGCCGAGUACUUCCGUGAUAUUGAUGGCCAGGAUGUUCUAUUAUUUAUUGACAAUAUAUUUCGUUUUACUCAAGCGGGGGCUGAGGUUUCAGCAUUGUUGGGACGCAUACCGUCUGCAGUUGGCUACCAGCCCACUCUAGGUACAGACAUGGGUUCAAUGCAAGAGCGUAUUACGAGCACUACGAAUGGUUCCAUAACUUCAGUACAAGCAGUUUAUGUGCCAGCUGACGAUCUUACUGACCCAGCACCUGCCGCCACCUUUGCGCAUUUAGAUGCCACCACCGUAUUGUCACGUGCUACUGCCGAAUUGGGCAUAUAUCCAGCGGUGGAUCCUUUAGAUUCGACAUCGCGCAUAAUGGACCCAGCCAUUGUAGGCGAAGAACACUAUAAUGUAGCUAGAGGAGUACAAAAGACUCUUCAAUCCUAUAAAUCACUUCAGGACAUCAUUGCCAUCCUUGGUAUGGACGAACUUUCAGAAGAUGACAAAUUAAUAGUAGCACGAGCUCGAAAAAUUCAGCGGUUUCUUUCGCAACCUUUUCAAGUAGCAGAAGUAUUUACUGGUCAUCCUGGAAUAAUGGUUCCAAUUGAAAAGACAGUAGAAGGUUUUAAAAGUAUUCUAAAUGGUGAAAUGGAUGACUUACCUGAGAUUGCAUUCUAUAUGGUUGGCGAUAUAAAUGAUUCUAUCGCUAAAGCCAAAAAUUUAGCAAUGUCUAUGUCGAUAGAGAAAUAAAUUCUCGAUAUAUUAAAAUUACAUCCAGGAAUGCGACAUAAUUUUAAAAAGAUAGCAUUGAAAUAUAUGUAUGUAUGUGUAAUAACUCAAAAAUAUAUAGUAUGUAUACAUACUAUAUGUAUGUAAUUGCAUGAUUCAAUUAUAGAAAGCUGUGUCCAUAGUCCAAAAAAAAAAAAUUGUCAAAAGUAGUUGGAUCCAUAAUGUCAAAAUCAGCCGUUUAAUGUUUUUAUGCUUCAAAAAUUUUAACCAAUGAAAAAGCAUGUUUCGAAUGAUAACACGAAUGGAUUGUAAAUAAAGUAAAAUAAUCAAAAUGUACACAGAAAAUGCAUGAGAAAAAUAAAAAACAACUGAUUUUGACAUUAUGAAUACAAAUACUUUUUCAUACGAGGAAGGACGCUCCGUGCCGACACAACCUUUUAUAAUUGAAUCAUGAUCGUUAGCGUUUCUGUUUGAAAGAUUUGAAAGAAAUAGUCACAUGAAAAAAUCCGUCACCAAAAAACCUUUUUUUUCUACAAAGUUUCUAUCUUGAAAAAUCAUUGAAAACUGAAUUGAAUUAAAACUUAUGGUGUUAAUGAAGUUGA